CUCAAAUUUUUCAAGAUGGCGCCCGUUUCGUCCCAAAUAAUUUUAUUUUUAAUAUCAAACAAAAACAGUUGUUUGGUUUGAACCCGGCUUUUUAUGGCUAAUAAAUAUUGCAUGGCGUGUGACCGACAAACAUAAAAAAUGCCCGAUAACGGACAUAUAAUGCGUUUUGUGGUUGGAAAAUGCAGCUGGGUUGAAGUAAACCUCGGCGUGUUUUUAUAGUCGAGUUUGGUUUCAUAUGGCAGAAGGGAGAAAACGAAGGGCCGACGUCUCGAAAUGCCUGGAAUCAUUGUCUUCAAUCGCCGCUGGGUCGUUGGGAGCGAUGACUUUGUGAUACCUUUUGGCAUCGCUUUCGUUUUACGAGUAAUAUGGUAUGUGUAUAAUUAGUUCAAAUUUAUCCGUGAUUGUUCGGAUUAUAAAUAAUAUUAGGAAUAUUAAAUGCGCUGUAGUUAAGUUUUAAAGCCGUUGUUUUCCUUGAAAUAUCUUAAAUAAGAGUAAUUUUAAACAUAAGAUAAUUUUAAAUACAUGCAAACCAGUUUCUAAUUGUAAAUUCGAGUUUUAGGUAGAUUUGAUUCUCGUCAUGUUGAUAUUUAUAUUAUGUUGUUAAUUCGGUUUUUUAGCUGUUUGUUUUACUGAGAUUUUUUAACACCUUGAGUAGGGUACUGUAUAUGCUUGUUUUUAAUACAAAACACUACUAGUUCUGAUAAAUUUUAGUGUUUGUAUUAUUAUAUAUUGAUACAUUGUUGUCAUUUAAAUUUGCAACAGUUUAAAGGGGCAAUGUCACCGAUUUUUGAACAUUUCCAACCCGCGCAAAUUUUGUCCAAAACUGAAAAAUAAUGAGUGUAAGCACAAAAUAAAGCAUUAACAGACACAAAAACAUGUGCAGAAGUCUGGAUGGGCAGGACUACGGUAGGAUUGAGAUGGAUUGUAAAUGGCAUCUUGAUUAAUUGUUGGCAGACACUUUUUCAAGUUUUAGUCAAUUUUUAUGAAAAUGUCAUGUUACAUGUUGCGUGGAAGUUCAAAGUUGUUUAAUAUGACUCAUAUAUCAUAACUUAAUCCAUUUACAAUGUUUAUUUUUAACUUUGUAGUAAAAGGCAUUUUAGGUAAAAAAAAUCGGUGACAUUGCCCCUUUAACUAUAGAAUUUGCUGGAAUAAGCUAAAAAUUCUGACAAGUUUUUGUAAACGUUGUUGUUAGAAAUUGGCUUGAGUAUGCUUUUUUGUUAUGUCUGGUUGGCAUACGUCAGACUGUAGAGUUUGGUCUACGUUGCACGUUCCCCGCUCAGAGAUUUCAUCUGAAUUUCUGUUUGCAUAUUUAUGAGAAAAUUCACAUAUUUUUGAUAAAGUGUAUGCAUUGGUUUGAACUCGUAUAUGUACUGAGAGUUUCUAUAAUAUCUUGUUAUGUAAACUAAACUAACUUUAUUUAUACUGGAUAGCUCUAUCAGUUCUAAACUGUUCUUCAUAGAGGUCCAGUAAGGAUUAUCUCUUAUUGAUCCAGUGUUACUACAGGAGGAAACCUAAACUAAACUAACUUUAUUUAUACUGGAUAGCUCUAUCAGUUCUAAACUGUUCUUCCUAGAGGUCCAGUAAGGAUCAUCUCAUAUUGAUCCAGUGUUACUACAGGAGGAAACCUAAACUAAACUAACUUUAUUUAUACUGGAUAGCUAAAUCAGUUCUAAACUGUUCUUCCUAAGGGGUCCAGUAAGAAUCAUCUCUUAUUGAUCCAGUGUUACUACAGGAGGAAACCUAAAUUAAACUAAAAUUAUUUAUACUGGAUAGAUAGCUCUAUCAGUUCUAAACUGUUCUUCCUAGAGGUCCAGUAAGGAUAAUCUCUUAUUGAUACAGUGUUACUACAGGAGGAAACCUAAAUUAAACUAAAAUUAUUUAUACUGGAUAGAUAGUUCUAUCAGUUCUAAACUGUUCUUCCUAGAGGUCCAAUAAGAAUCAUCUCUUAUUGAUCCAGUGUUACUACAGGAGGAAACCUAAACUAAACUAACUUUAUUUAUACUGGAUCUAGCUCUAUCAGUUCUAAACUGUUCUUCCUAGAGGUCCAGUAAGAAUCAUCUCUUAUUGAUCCAGUGUUACCAGUAAGAAUCAUCUCUUAUUGAUCCAGUGUUACUACAGGAGGAAACCUAAACUAAACUAACUUUAUUUAUACUGGAUCUAGCUUUAUCAUGUUCUUCCUAGAGGUCCAGUAAGAAUCAUCUCUUAUUGAUCCAGUGUUACUACAGGAGGAAACCUAAACUAAACAAUUUUUUUACUUGAAAGGUCAAUUAAAGUUUACUGCUUCCCCAAGAGUUCUAACAAGUCAUUAUGUAUCACUGGAUGUUUUUUAGGAGGAAGGAGUUUUUUUAGAUAGUAAUUUUGAGUGGAACAGUUUGAGUACAAGUCUACAGCUUUAGACCUGACUAGGACCAGCUACAGGUCUAAAAAUUAUUUAUAAUCUUUUCCGUGAAAUUAUCAUCUACAAGAACGUUUCAGCUGUUAGUCCUAUAGAGCGAGGUCCCCUCAAAAUCUUGCCAUGUUAUGAGGAAACUCUUUUGACCCACUGUGACCCAGGCUGUGUCAAAACUUUGAUGAAUAUAUUCAUAUGACCUGAGGCAAAAAAUAGUUUUUGAAGAAUAUUUAGUAAUCACCAAUUUCGUUGCGUUAAAAUGUUCCAUGCGAAUUUUGCAGGGUUUGGAAAUGUGAAUUAUGCUAAUGCGUAAAUGCUAGUGGCAAAACCUAUGGUUCAAUACAACGUCACUUUCUUUCAUAUCAUACAGGGCUUAAUUGAAGUAGAGAAAAAAUAUGGCCUGCCAGUCUAAAAUUUUUCGGCGGGUGAAAUAAAUUUUAGCCUGCCAUUUUUAUUCAUUGAACUGCCAAAAUGGCGAUGUCUCAUAUGAGUCAUAUUGUAAAAAUCAAUGUUUUCAUUAUAUGCAUUUUUAUUCUUUUUAAGUUUGUCUAUUUUAUACUACAGUAAACUUGAAUUUACAAUUCAAAUAUAAACGUAUUUAGUCAACUAAAUGAUCUAAGUAUAUAUGAGUUGUGGUAAGCAAAUGAAAUGAAAUUAAAUAUAUCUAUAGAAUUUCACCAGUUCAAAUUUGUUUUUGCCUGCCUUUUCUAAAAUAUGGCCUGCUUUUGGCCAUUGGCAGCCCGCUAUUUCGAACUCUGAUAUCAUAUUGAGAAUUCUACUAUUUAAAUAUUUAUUUGGAACACUUUUAUGCGUGGAAGGCAGCUUCAUUUAUUUUUUAUGCAUUGGGAUAUUUGAAAAGUCUCGAUUGCCCAAGGCAAACUUGCAUUAUUUGAAUGGCAUUUAAUCAAAAAAUUUGAAGUGAAGUUCAUUGUGAGCAGUUAAUUUGUGCUUGACAUUUUGAUGGCCGAGGCAUUCUGAUUGGAUAAUACGUAACGAGGUUUUAUUCGGCGUGAUAGGAAUGAUAAUAACAUCGACCUGUGGUUUUGAUGUAAUCUUUUGAAGACACUCGUUAUCAAGACUUAUGCUUUCGGUUAUGUACACUACGAAAGUUGUUUUUAAGACCCAAGUUUAAUUGAAGUCUUUUUGUCAGGGAUGGAUCCAGCUAUCUGGUUGGGGGAGAGGGGCAGGGUUGAGGGAGGGGUGCACGAGGGUGCGCACCCCACCCCCCUUUAGAGAAGUCCAGCACUACCCUAAAAAAUCUGCUUGACCAUACAUUUUCUGCUUUUCGAAUAGCGAUUAGCGCAACUUCUACUGUUGGCGCGUGUCGAUUUCUUGAAAAGAUUUAAUCGAUUUGUGAACAUCUCAAAUAAUGGUAAUGUUGGGAUAGCAGCGUUGCAGACUGCAGAGGAGAGUGGGAAGGCCAUGGAAAAUCUGUAAUCCUCCUUGCAGAUGAGGCUAGAUCUGCCCCUGGGAUCAAAGUGUGUGAUUGCAAGCCUCUAUUCAAGUUUUUUUCAAACAAAGUAAAGUUUGAUGAGCGUUUGAAAGACGUAAACAUCUUUCAAACACUAGCGAUUCAAGCACAAGUUUACUUUAUAAGUCCGUUCUGAUUAAAGUUUAAUUACGUGUAAUGCCAACAGUGCGAUAACGGAAAUUUUGAUAAUAUAAUCAGACCUCAGGAAAAAAAAAAAGAAAUUGUGUGCCAUUUGUUUGUCUAUACGCGCGACAAGGCGAACUAUCUUCUUGGCAGAUGACUACAGUAUAUAUAUACAUUAAUUUGUUGUUAAUUCUGGAGUCUGUAGCUUGGUUAGAAGCGCUGUAUGCAUGCGCCGUUAUAGUAGGUCUAAAAUUGUACAUUUUAAAAUUGGAAAAUUGCGUUCGAUUUGCCAUCUAAAAAAACAUAUACUGUUUAUCUUGUGCUGCAAUUAAGAUGGAUAAUUCGUCAGACGAUUAAAGCAUCUCUAGAAUCAAGAUCUUACUAAGGGAGCUCGGUCAUUAUUUAUGACGGGAGACGGCAACGAAGAGAAAUGUUUUUCUUGGUAAAAAUCUUGCUCAUCCAACCAUUAAAGAGUAAAACAAAUGUUUUACCCAACCUCUAAUAUCAAUUGAAAAAUAAAUACCCAUCCCCUGACCAAAAACUUUACGAAAAGAUACCAAGCGGACAUGUCCUUUACCACUUCUGUGACACGAGUUUGAUAACUGCUUGUGCAAUUUUCUGCAGUCUAAAGUUUCAUGUUGUCUGCACAUGUACUUUCUUUGGAGACACCAUUUGCCUCCUGACAAAUCGGAAAGUGAUCAAGACAGUGACUCUGAUUGAUUGAUUUACAUAUUGUAUUGACUAUAUGACUGUUGAAAUUGCUUUUUAGUCUUCAAUAUUUGAGUGAGUCAUGCUUUGGAAAUGACAAUAAAUUUUUAUUUCCCAACCCUUGAGUUGUUUUGUUUUUAAUUUACCCAACCUUUUACUCACUCAAAAUUUUGUUUACCCAACCCUUUUCUCUUCGGUGCCACCCCGCCCCCCCCCCCCAUUAAUAAUGACCCCUCCCUAACCUAAAAUAUUUUCUAUAGGAUGAUUUCGCUUGGUGUAGUGCUGGCUCUGUAUCAUUCGUUUGAUUAUGAUCCUUACACAGCCUCAAAUUUUCCAUACUACGAAUGCCAAUCCACAUUUGAUUACUUCACAAGCGGAUACAUCGUCCUCCUGUUUGCCACCAACCUCCUCGAAUUCUUGGUAUCGUGGCUCAGUAGUAAAGGUAUAUAUACAACCAGUUCAAAAAGCUUGUCCUUUGCUAAACAAACCUUAAAGGUGAUCUACAGUCCGAUCUGCGCAUGUGCACAAAUGAGCCCACUUUUUAUGAUACAAACAGUUUAACUAUGUUUUGAGUUCUUGAAAAGCCUGAUUUUUGUUUCUUGAUCAUUUAUUAUACUCUAGAAGCUUCCAAAUAUAAAUAGUUGUCGAAUAAAGCUCAAUAUUUUGGACACAAAAAUGUAAACAAAGGCUUUGUUUAUAUACGGACUGUAGAUCACCUUUAAACUCUAAGCGCGCAAAGCUUAAUAAUGGGAGCACAAGUUUCAAGCUUAGUAUAGUCGAACAUUGCAGCUAUUUGUGAAUGAAUUGUUCUCGUAAGGAGAUAAUAGAUAGCUUAAGAUCUACGACGUCGUCGACGCCAGCUAGGACGUCAGAGCUAAGCAGACGUCAAAUAUUUAGGGCGGCAAGUAGCCUGCGUGGCAGGCGGUAUUUCCACAGGCAGCGAAAAUUAGGGAGUCAAAGGAAAUACCUAAGUACCGCCUGCUAUGCAGGCUAGGCGGCAAGCAGGAGUAAAUUGGUAGUAGUUUUUUUGUUGCAUGCCAUAUAUGGCAUGCAACUUUCAUAUAGCUCUAAAUUUCAUGUCGUCGUGUUCAGUGUGCGUACCUGUCGUAAAUCACGUGAUAGAUUGUGGUAGAUUCGUAAAGUACGAGUGUACGACAAAUACCGAGUUUUUCCGACGAGCAUUUUCAUGCCGGGUUUUCGUCGAAAGAAACGCAAAGAAAUACUGAUUAUUCGCCGACAAUUUACAUAAGUGAACGCCUUAGAAAGUAAACCGAGCUAGGUAAAGCUUUACUGUUUUUAACUCGCCUUAUAUUUUGUUAUUUGUUGUGAUUUUGCAGCCGUUGUGCUCGCACUGAUUAUUUAUCAAUUAUCAGGCGUUUAUAUUUAGGAGGCGUGAAAGCCUCAAAGCCCAACGCUAUCUUAUUUAGGAGGCGUGAUAUAUCGUGAAAGCCUCAAAGCCCAACGCUAUCAAAAUACUCGAUUUUUAUAUACUCAUAGACUGCGAGCAAUCCCUCUAUUUUCCUUCGUUUUAUUGUUUCCCGGACUAAGAUUGAACGCGCGGGAAAAUGGCAAAGAGGGGCGGAGACAAACUCAAACUGAAACCAAUAAAAUGAAAACAAUAAAAUGAAAACUGAAAACAAUAAAAUGCCGAACAGAAAGAUAUCGCCGUAGCUUUUUUCCCAGUGCAGUAGCUCUAUACAGGGUGUAUAAAAAAAAACUGAACAGAUUUAAAAUUGCUCUCAAUUUCGCAAAACAGCUAUUUGUAUCUGUUUUUUUAUAUAUAUAGCUUCUUUGGGUACUUAUAAUGUAAAAGAAUGAAAAAAAUUUUUCGAACUCAAAUUUUGUGAACCAGGGGGGGGGUGUCUUUUCCAACAAACUAAAAAUGGCUCGCGCACAAAAUUUAAAAGCUGCAAUCAUAUUUUGAGUCGACAGAUGGAACAUUUGUCGGGAUUUUAAUUACUGUACAAAAUUUCAGACAAUUUGGUUUAGUUUAAGCCCCUUAACUAUUUACGCAAAGUUACAAUUUUCCCGAAAAAUCAGCUAUUUGCAUGCUUAAUUAAUGCAUUUGCUUAAUUUGCAUAUGUCAACAAUAUGCAAAUUAGGUAAAGGCAUUAAUUAAGCAUGCGAAAGGCUGACUUUUUAGAACAAAAUGAAUAGUUAAAGGGCUUAAACUAAACCAAAUUGUCUGAAAUUUUGUACAGUAAUUAAAAACCCGACAAAUUUUCAAUCUAUCAACUCAAAAUAUUAUUACUGCUUUUAAAUUUUGUGCGCGAGCCAUUUUUAGUUUGUUGGAAAAGACACACCCCCCUGGUUCAAUAAAUUUGAGUUCGGGAAAUUUUUUCAUUAUUUUACAUUAUAAGUACCCAAAGAAGCUAUAUAUAUAAAAAAUCAGAUACAAAUAGGUGUUUUGCGAAAUUGAGAGCAAUUUCAAAUCUGUUCAGUUUUUUUUUAUACACCCUGUAUAAUAGUUAUAGUAAAGAAACUUAAGCGUGAUACUUAAUUACGAUGAUUUUAAUGCAAUUCAAUAAGAUUUUUAGACUUGAUGCAUGCAACUAAUUUUUUUAUAUAUGUAAAUAUAUAGCGUACCAAUUUUGUAAACGCACCAUAUUUCAAUCUAUUGCGAAGGUGUGUAUCUUAAACCAUUAAUAAUAAUAAUAAUAAUAAUAAAAAAAACGGAGCCAUUGUGCUUGCACUGAUUAUAUUGUGUGCCUUUGCACAAAACUACAGCACAUUUUGUAAAUAACAUGAAAUAUAAAUAUCAAACAAAAUUUGAUUAUAAAUAGUAAUACUGUUGAAAUUUAAUACAACGAAAUAGCAACCAUUGUGAAGUACGCAUAAGAUUCAACAUGACAUUCAACAUGACAUUCGAUGUAGUGUAAAUGAACUCAUUUCAAUCACUCAAACGUCAAAAUGAUAAAUAAUAAUCAUUUUCAAUCUAUUAUAGUAAUUCACCGUUUCCACGGGUUUUUUGUACCUUUAAAAAGUUACAAUAAACCUAAAUCUAAAGGAAAUAACGUUAUUUAAUUAUACAUUUGUGAAGGAAAUCUAACAGUCAAUCGCUUUCGAUAAAACGUUGACCACCUUGACCUUGUUAAUGUUAUUAUUACCGUCGCUUGCAACUAACUAUUAAUAUAACGGUCGCUUAUAAAAACAUUGUCUAUUCGCGUGUUUCUGCUGGGGUCUACACCGUAGGCUAAUUCGCGUGAGAAUCUUAAUAGUUUUCUUAUUUCGACAUAAUAACUAUUUUUCAAUAAAUAUUUUGAUAUUAAAAAAUGGAUGACUCUUCGAUUUCGAAGAUGUCCUUUUUCGUCGGAGGUUGGGUCACCGUCUAUGAACUCUCCCAUGAGCCACCAAACCCGCUCGGCUCGCACAGGGCCGUUGACACACAUCACACGUGAAUCCUGUUGCAUCAGCUUGAUCAGGCCUGCUUCAAAUGAUUGAACACCAGUAUGGAUUGCAGUUCGCCAUGAAGCCCUAUCUUCUGCACGUGUUUCCCAAGAUUGCAGCGGAACAUUGCACGAUUUUAGCGCAUCUUUCAGGCUAUCCUUAUACCUUUUUCGCGUUCUUCCCACCAUUCGGUUUCCUUGUUGUAAUUCCCCGUACAACAAUAUUUUUUCGAUAUUAAACUUAUUGAAUCAAUAUUUUAAGUUUCACGCCAGUUGUACCAAAGGUUAUAAGCGCUAUAGGCUAUAGCGGGUCAAGGGUUUCAGAUGGCAUGCAACAUGUACGCACUGCGUACCUAUUUUUGAAGUGUGCAUGUGUCUCUCUCAAUUUGUUCGUCAUUCACCAGACAUCGACAACCUCACAACAGGGGUUUCACCGUCGUAAAUACAAGAGCACAACAAACGGUAAUGGUUCACACGGCUCUUUUAAAUUCAUUUUCAAAAGUAUGUAAAUAUUUAUAGUUUAAAUGUCUACGUCGUGAAACUUAAGUAGAAGUUAAUUUAUUUAGGACGACGUCAUAUAGUCCCAGUCCUCUGCUUAGCCCUGACGUUCUAGCUGGCGUCGACGUCGUAGAUCUUAAGGUUACAGGACACCCUUUUUGGCGUUUUGCGGAAAAUCGCUACUGCGCGCUCAAUAUCAGUCCGAUUUUCAUAAAAUUUUCACCAAAUGUUCUCCAGUGUAUGCAAAAUAUGGUAAAGUUGUAAAAUUAACAAACAAUAAAAUAAUGUAAGAAUUAUUCAGGAAAAUCUUAAAUCGCGGUACCUUUACGCUUUUGAGUUGUGCUCCUGCUGGUUUUAAGUUAUAUUCAUGAAAAUAUCAUUUUUAUACAGUAAAAUAGUUGUUCUAAAAAAUUGUGUUCGGAAAUUUUUGUUUAUUUCGUCGUUCCGCUGAUAUGACGAAUUCUUUGACGACUGCAAUAUAUUUCUGAAUUGUUUGAGUGAAUUGCUCUUUAUUUUUAAAAUAUCCAAAAUUAAAAAAAAGCCGAACACGAUUUUGAAACUGACGUAUUUAGCUAUGUCCUGUGAAAAUUUGAGAAAAAUUGGUUAAAAUCCGCAGGAGCACAACUCGUUUGAAGAUCAGUAAUUACCGUAAAAUUUUUCGUGAGAAAAUUGAAUUUGAAUAUUACAUUUUCAAUGUUUUUCUUAUUGCAGCGUAAUGUAUUUUAUUAAAUAACUCUGCGAGUUUUCAACAUUUUUCGUUCAAACUUGGUCAGAUAGUAGAACUGGUCUAAUGCUUUCAUUGAAACCAAUAAAAAAAUUUUAGGCAAAAUUAGCACUCAAAGGUGUUCUGUAACCUUAAGCUAUCUAAUUACCACGUCUCUAAGAAAUGGGCCACUGCAUAUAUGAUUUUUAAACUGAUCAAAUGAUGCUCUCCCAUUAUGCUUUCCACGCUUAGAAUUUAAGGUUUAGAAUUUAAGGUUUGCAAAGGACAAUCUUUUUUUGAAUUAGCCUUAUAGAACAGAUUAUCUUACCGAACUGUACAGGGUGUAUCAAAAUAAACGCAAUUCAUCUUUUGUGCUUAAUAACUUUCGAAAUACUAUUUCUAGUUAAACGCUUUUAGGCUUACUUCAAAGCCUGUUCUUUUCUCUUUCAAACAAACUAUUAUCCUUGUCUCCAAUGCUAGUAAUAAUUGCACAGGAAAAGAUUUAGUAAAACCUAUCAUUUUUAGUUGCUGUUUAAUUAUGCAAGUUUACUAUGUUAUUGUUUAGUCGUUUAAAUGUUAGAAUUUUCUUCUUUAAACUUUAAUGUUGUCGUCACUACAUCUGGAAAACCACGUAAGAACAAAUUAAAAGUAUUUUAAAAGAGACCAGGUUGUUUGAAAAUCCUAAACGAAUGCUAAAAAUCGUCAAAACAUUCUGGUGUCUGAGCCAGAGUGUCAUCGAAUUGCGAUGUAAUGUAAACAGAAAUUAUAGCAAGUUGAUGUCAGUCAGCUUAGAUGGUCCAAGCCAAAAUUAUAUCGCAUUUGAAGUUUCAAACUGAGUUAAAAAUAGUGGAAGAAAAGCCGUAAUUAUACUUAUUGUUACAAUCCAUUUAAUAAAAUGCAACAUUUUUUUGUUUUAAUGAAAAAUCAGUUAUUUUCAUGAGAACGAUUUGUUAUUCCAUCUCAAUUUUUUUAAUCUCCAAUCGCAAUAACGUAAAAUAUUAUUACCCGCGAACCAAUGAGUCAAAUUUAAGAAACAACCCACUGUUAGAAAGCCGAAUGGCUACGCUUUAAAAUGAAUGUAAACUUUAACGUUUUCGUCUAUUAUUUGUUUAGCAAUUUACAUUUCAGUCGAGGAUUGCGCUUUCCUUGAUACACCCUGUAUAAUCUCUGCUCAAAUGAAACUUUUACAAUUUAAAAAGCAAUUUUUGUCAACUUUCCUUGAGAAAACCUAAUACAAUUUUCUUUUAAAAAAAAAUGUCCUACAGAGCGGCAAAAUCGUGGAACAAACUCCCCACUGACAUAACACAAAUGGACCUUUAACCUUGUAACUAAAAUUUUGAUCUAGACAAAAAUUUCAUCACAGCUUGAAAGAGCAUCACAAAAUUAGUAAUAUUCCAAAGUUUCGUUACGAAAUGUUGUAAAAUGCGGAUAAUAUAGCCUUGCGAAGUUUGCAAUUUUCAGUCAUUUUAGAUUACAAACGGGAAAUUGAUACCCGAAUCGGGUGUUGGGGCUAAGCAUAUGGGCUAAGCAAGAUAUAAACAAUCUGUAAUAGAGUUUAAUAUAUAGUUUUAAGAGUUCUUUCAAAUGAACAAAACUAAUUUUUUAUUGCCGAUGUCCUUUUUAAAGGGAUAUGACAAUAUAAAUUAAGUUUGUCUUAUUUCAAAGAACAUUUCAAAUGAUAUAUGAACUUUCUUUACAAUUAUUCCGUAUCUUGCGUGGUUUUCGAAUCAAAUCGACUUAUUUUGAUCAAAAGCAGCGAGCAUUCCGCCAUCAUGGGUAUGCAUUCGAUAUGGAUACGUCACAAGUAGGGUAAAAAGCGAAAAGCACAUGUCGUUAUCAAUAUGAAACUCGAUUUUCCGAAGUCCUUCUAGUACUCAAUGAAGAAGUUUUAUCAAGAUGUUUGUGUGAUGUUACUCUGAGUGUAUAUCCACACCGGACAAGCUUGAAAAAUAUGCCUGGCCACGGUGGGAAUCGAACCUACGACCUUUGGAAUACUAGCCCAAUGCUCUGCCAACUGAGCUACGCGGUCAGGACGGUUCGAGUAUGCGAUAUUUCGAAACUGAUUCUAGUUCCUUCGAUAUCAGUGUAAUCUAAUAAUCAUGAAAUUUGCUGUGUUGGUGUAAUGUACUCAGGUGAAUAAGAUGUUUGUGUGAUGUUACUCCGGAGUAACAUCACACAAGAGUAUCUCAGUAUCUCUAUAUCAGAGAUCAAGAGUGUCUCUAUAUCAGAGUGUAUCUCAGAGUAACAUCACACAAACAUCUUAUUCACCUGAGUACAUUACACCAACACAGCAAAUUUCAAGUUUUAUCAAGUUUACCCUGCUUGUGAAGUCAUCAAAAACUCAGUUAAUUAGGUCAAUUAUAAUACCAAGAUGGCUGACUGCAAACUGUUUUUGGUCAAAAUAAUUCGAAAACCAAGCAAGGUACGAAAAAGUUGUAAAAGGUCUUCAUAUAUAACUUUAAAAAACAUUAAUAAUCAUGAAAAUGAAAAUACAAAAGAAAUGAAUAUUUAAUCAAUGUUUGUAAAACGGAUAAAGAUUUGUCCUCAUUUACAUAAACUUCAGCUUUGAUUUUCUCGGCUUAGAAAAUACGAUCUGUAUCUGAUAUACAAACUCUCGCCUUCGGCUCGAGUUUGUAUAUCAGAUACAGAUUGGCUGCUCAUUUUUCAUCUAGUACUUACAGGUAAACUACGUGAAGCGUUCCUCUCUUGUGUUCCUAACUCAUUUGGAAUUUUCAAAAUUAGAUUUGCAAAUUUGAAAAACUCUUCGCAAAUCCCUUGAGGGAAUUUGCAAUUUUCCUGUCGGCCGUUGCAAUAUUCCAACGCAAAGAAAGUUCCUUUCAAAUUUUCCUAACUUCCUGUUUUAAUUUCCUGACUUCCUGUUCUGUUCUGAGCGUUAUCAUUGGUGGAUUAUUUUUGUCAGCCAAUUGCAACGCACAGAACAGAACAGGAAGUUAGGAACUUGUAACAGGAAGUUAAGAACUUCUAAAAGGAACUGAGGAAAAUUUAUUUUGAGAACAUUGCAAAUUCCCUCAAGGGAUUUGCAAGGGAGUUUUUCAAAUUUGCUAAAAGGUAAUGACGAAAAUUGCAAUCAACUUAAGCCCGUUCUCCACUAGGCGAAUUUAUUCGCGCGAACAGAUAAAAAGUAGGAAGCGAUCCUACUUUUUCGCCGCGAAUUUUUUCGCCGACCAAUCACGUUGCCGGAUUUCGGUUUUCGCUUCGCGUCGCGCGAACAAAUUCGCGUAGUGGAGAACGGGCUUUAGGAACUCAAAAGAGGAACGCUUCACGUAGUUUACCUGUAAAAGUUCUUUCAAAUAAGACAAAGUUAAUUUUUAUUGCCAUAUUCUCUUUUAUGAAUUAAAUUAAACAAUCUUCCCUAUAUUUGUAUUUUUAAGGCACCAUCAUGGACGAUACACCCCGACAAGCCAUACCGACUGUCCUGUAUAUUCGCCUGUGCUUCAGUGUAACUGAAAUAUUCUGGCUCUCGCUUGGCAUUAAAUGGAUCUUCGUGGAUGGCGAGGCAUGCGAAUCUAGUCCGGGGUGGAAGAUUUCAAAAGGCGUGGUCAUUUUUAACUGGAUGUUUUUAAUAUUUGUCGCGUUGUUGGUACUGUGUAGUUUCGAUUCUGCGGGGAAGCAUUGGGUGCGCAUGGUGAAACACGCACGCACCGAGCAUUAUGAUACAAUCAAGACGCAGAUUUCUGAUCGCUAUAUGAGUCGAUGGAUGCGGUGCUUUCGAUGCUGUUGCGCGUGUUCUGGAGUUGACGAUAAUAUGCACGAUCAGAGUGUAUAUGGUUUUAUUGGCAUGUAAGUUUAUAUAAAUGAUGAGACACGACUACCCAGAAAAUUAAGCAACAUCGAAGUUUUGCUUAUAUUUAAUUUCAGGGACACACGCAAAAUCUCACAUCUUGUAGCAAGUCUGCCAACAAGCCGUCAACAAGUUGUGUUCGCACUGCUUGUCCCAAGUUGUCAACAAGUUUGGAACAAGCUGUUAAGAAUUUGUAACAACCUUGUUGAUAUUAUCAGACUUGUUACAGGAUUGUUGCAACAAGUCCGAUACAGUCAUGAUAUAACAAUAUUGUUACAACCUUGUGUCGUUAACCUUGUAACAUUCUUGUUAUAUCAUGACUUUAUCAGACUUGUUAGAACAACCUUGUAACAUUCUUGUUAUAUCAUGACUGUAUCAGAUUUGUUAGAACAACCUUGUAACAUUCUUGUUUAUCAUGACUGUAUCAGACUUGUAAGAACAACCUUGUAACAUUCUUGUUAUAUCAUGACUUUAUCAGACUUGUUAGAACAACCUUGUAACAUUCUUGUUAUAUCAUGACUGUAUCAGACUUGUAAGAACAACCUUGUAACAAGUCUGGUAAUACCAUCAAGCUUGUUGACAACCUUGACUUGUGUUGACAACCUUGUAACAUCCUUGUUAUAUCACGGCUGUGACAAACUUGUUGGCACAAUCUUGUAACAAGGCUGAUAAUGCCAUCAAGCUUGUUUCAAACUUGUUACAACAAACUGGGAACAAGCAGUGCGAACACAACUUGUUGACAGCUUGUGAACAGACUUGUAACAACUUGUUUGCAGACUUGUUACAACUUGUGCGUUUUUAUGCAUGUACACACGUAAAAACGCACAAGUUGUAACAAACCUGCAGCAGACUUGUAGCAAUGCUGUUCCAACAACUUGUCAACAGGAUGUGUUCGCACUGCUUGUUCCAAGCUUGUUGAUAACUCGCUACAAGGUUGUUGAGCUCAACAGACUUGUUACAAGUUGUUCCAACAACUUGUUAUCGUCCUGCAAUUCAACAAUUUGUCAACAAGUUGUGAGUGACAAUCUUGUAGCAACUUGAUGAAAUAACAGCAUUGUUACAACUUGUUGACAAGCUUGCUACAAGCCUGUUGCGAACACAUCUUGUUGACAAGUUGUGAGAUUUUUACGUUUUAUAAUAUAGCAUUUGUAAAUUCUGAACGCUGAUUGGCUAAGAGCCGUGUUGAUAUAACUCAUUGUCAACACGGGAAAUUUUCCGCCGCUUGUAAACACGGAAAUUUUUCUUAUCAUUCGGGCUUUUGACAUUGCUAUAUUAUAAAAAAAUAUAAAACUUUUUUCUGUAUUGAUAUAUAUAUAUAUAGUGGGCGUCGUGUUUCCAUACAAUUUCUCGUUUUCCCAAUUCCACUCGUGUUGAUAUAUAGUGGAUAUUAGACGGUUGCGAAAAGAUAUGGAUUUUAUGUUCGAGUGGCAAAAAACAAUAUCUCACGAGUGAGCGCAGCGAACGAGUGAGAUAUUGUUUUUGACACGAGAACAUAAAUCCAUAUCUUCUCGCAACCGUUUAAUGUUCUGUUUAUUAUAUGGACUUACUCAGAAUGACAAAAAUACACACAAAGACGACAUGUAAAUAAGCACGCGAAAGACCAGUAUAAAAGCGAUAUUUUUUUAAAUUAUACUGCAAACAUAAAACUAGAAUAAAUUUUACUUAUCUCAAGAUGUCUUUUAAAUGUUUUCGUUUUAUUUCCAACGUUAAUUUCGUUUCAAAUACGAACCAAAGACCACUUGUAUUUUCAAAACAACAACAGUGAAAAUGGCGAGAAAUUUUUAAAACUUCGUAUGUCACUAGCAGGGGUGAAAUACGGAAAAUACGCGCACCUGGUCCCGGAUGUAGUGACGUAUGAGUUCUACGAGUGUUUUAGUUUCCAGUAAAACACCAUUGUCCAUAUAAUAAAACUGUAUAUCAACACGGAAAAUAUUUUAUAUUUGUUAAAUAUAACAUUUAGUUUUCUCAAGUUUAAAUCUCAAACCUAUAAAUCUUUUUGUAAUAAGGAAUUUUUGGAUGUUUUCCUAAAACGCUUACCGCUAGAUGGUAGACUCAAUAGCAGUUAGGCAUUGGCCAAAACUUCGUGACACUGUUACAUUAAUAUUCUACCAAAUUUCUAGGACUUUAUCAGAGUUUUUCCAAGACUUGGAUGUCGUGCCUAGCGACAUUGCAGCUGGGCUGGUCCUUCUUCGUCACAUUCAGAAGCGAGAGGAGAACAGGCUUCUCUAUCAAUCUCUCGCCAAUGCUAUAAUGCCAACAAACUUGGUGGGUUUGAAGGAUUUUUGUAGAAAGUCUAUCUCUUGUUGUUCCAGUAUUUCUAUAUACUAACUUUAUUUAUACCGGAUAGUUCUAUCGGUUUUAAACUGUCCUCCCUAGAAGUCCAGUAAGGAUCAUCUCUUAUGAUUCAGUGUUACCACAGGAGGGAACAUAAACUAAACCAACUUUAUUUAUACUGGAUAGUUCUAUCAGUUCUAAACUGUUCUCCCUAGAGGUCCAGUAAGGAUCAUUUCUUAUUGAUCCAGUGUUACUACAGGAGGAAACCUAAACUAAACUAACUUUAUUUAUACUGGAUAGCUCUAUCAGUUCUAAACUGUUCUUCCGAGAGGUCCAGUAAGAGUCAUCUCUUAUUGAUCCAGUGUUACCACAGGAGGGAACCUAAACUAAACCAACUUUAUUUAUACUGGAUAGUUCUAUCAGUUCUAAACUGUUCUCCCUAGAGGUCCAAUAAGGAUCAUCUCUUAUUGAUUCAGUCUUACUACAGAAGGAAACCUAAACUAAACUAACUUUAUUUACACUGGAUAGCUCUAUCAGUUCUAAACUGUUCUUCCUAGAGGUUCAGUAAGGAUCAUCUCUUGUUGAUCCAGUGUUACUACAGGAGAAAACCUAAACUAAACUAACUUUAUUUAUACUGGAUAGCUCUAUCAGUUCUAAACUGUUCUUCCUAGAGGUCCAGUAAGGAUCAUCUCUUAUUGAUCCAGUGUUACUACAGGAGGAAACCUAAACUAAACUAACUUUAUUUAUACUGGAUAGCUUUAUCAGUUCUAAAGUGUUCUUCCUAGAGAUCCGGUAAAGAUCAUCUCUUAUUGAUCCAGUGUUACUACAGGAGGAAACCUAAACUAAACUAACUUUAUUUAUACUGGAUAGUUCUAUCAGUUCUAAACUGUUCUCCCUAGAGGUCCAGUAAGGAUCAUCUCUUAUUGAUCCAGUGUUACUACAGGAGGAAACCUAAACUAAACUAACUUUAUUUAUACUGGAUAGCUCUAUCAGUUCUAAACUGUUUUUCCUAGAGAUUCAGUAAGGAUCAUCUCUUAUUGAUCCAGUGUUACUACAGGAGGAAACCUAAACUAAACUAACUUUAUUUAUACUGGAUAGCUUUAUCAGUUCUAAAGUGUUCUUCCUAGAGAUCCGGUAAAGAUCAUCUCUUAUUGAUCCAGUGUUACUACAGGAGAAAACCUAAACUAAACUAACUUUAUUUAUACUGGAUAGCUCUAUCAAUUCUAAACUGUUCUUCCUAGAGGUCCAGUAAGAGUCAUCUCUUAUUGAUCCAGUGUUACUACAGGAGGAAACCUAAACUAAACUAACUUUAUUUAUACUGGAUAUCUCUAUCAGUUCUAAACUGUUCUUCCUAGAGGUCCAGUAAGGAUCACCUGUUAUUGAUCCAGUGUUACUACAGGAGAAAACCCAAACUAAACUGACUUUAUUUGUGGAAUGGAACACUAAACACUGCCCCCACUCUCUUGUCAGCAUACAAGAUCCUAAAAUCCUAUCUUCCGUUUUAUUAUUUAGCCUGGUAGAAGGAAAGUGACAAACAGCUUUCAGAAGACUCGAACAGCGAAACGUUUCGCUCACGAAAGUCCUGUAAGCAUAUCUUAAAAAACUCGUUAACAAUUCAUGAGGAAAAUACAAAAGAAAUGAAUGUUUAAUCAUGGAUAAUAAAAUAAAUGGAUAGGACUCUAGCUGACGUAAGCAAAAACAACGUAGUUGCAAUUGUGACGUCACGCGUAUUGCAAAGUUCUCGGCAUUUUUGUUGUUUCGCUAUACUUUCCGCUUUAAAAGAGUAAUAUUGAAGCAUAAACUGGUCUAAUUGUUUUAAAAACAUGCCUAAGCUACGACAAAGUAUUCAAGGUAAAUGUUUUUCGUCUUUGUUUUGUAUUUUUUUUACAUUUGUAGCUACGAAAUUGGCGUCCCCAAUUUUAACGAAAUUUGCGAUGAAUUUUUCACUGUUUAGUGCUUGAAAUAUUUCCAAAAUUGACUGGGAAUACUUAGAGAUUUCAUCGUAGAAUGGCGUAGUCAUAUUUACUUGCCCUUUGACUAAAAUGUUUAGCUGUAUUAUUGCUAAACAUGCCGUUUUUGAGAAUUUGGUUUGGAACUAGGUUUCAACAUCCAACCACGCCAUCAGCCCAUUGAAAACAUUGCAUCACGUCAGCUAGUUUCCUAUCCAUUUAUUUUAUUAUCCAUGCUUUAAUCAAUGUUUGUAUAUCAGAUAAAGAUCGGAUGUUCAUGUUUUAUGUAGUACUGAUUGCAUAGUCAUGUCAGCAAGUGUUUACAGGGCGGCAGAUGAUGUUGACACUUACAAGAACGAGGAAAUUAAACACCUCUCUGUUUUAUAGACUCGCUUUGAAAUACAAGACGUCUACAUAUAAUGAAUUAACAUUAAUUUCUCGCUCUUAUAACUGCAGAUUGACCACCAUCCGCUUAGUGAAACAGAUCUAUAUAGCAAAGCGAAAACCUUAAACAUUUUCUUGAUGUGUUUUAGGAUGAAUACCGUCUGUUUGAUGAUGUGGUUCACUACGCUCAUUAUGCUGUUGGCGCAUACGGGUGGCCUGUGUAUUUAUUGACCGACUUGAAAUGUGCUUGUUGUUCCUUGGCUAAUACUAUGAGGUAAUAAAGCAUUAAGCAUACAACAACGAAGGAAGCUGCUGCAACAACAACAACAUCAACAAUCACAACGACGGUAACCACAGCAGCAACAACAACAAUGAUAGCAACAAUAACAACAACACCAACAACUGCAUCAGCAACAACAACAAUGAGAGCAACAGCAACAACAAUAUCAAUAACAACACCAACAACAGCAACAACAACAAUGAGAGCAACAACAACAAUAUUGUAGUGCCGGUCAGAGAACAAUUGGGACAAAUGACUAUUAUGUGUGUUAUGUGUGUAUUGUGUGUUACUAUGUAAAUUUGUAAAUAGAACAAUAAAACUAUAUAGGCGUGAAAACUAAUUAGGUUAUGUAAAUUGACAGUGUGUAUAAAAGGACAAUUUU